UGUUUGUAAUCACCAUUGACUGGCUGGCUGAAGUAGCUGAUGUUCUAUGACUAGAUCACCGCCCCUUCUGCGACUUUCUUGAGACUGAAGUAGUCGUGCCUUCUGAUUUGGGGAAGUGGUGCCGAAUCCUGGUGAUAGUGGGGGGCCAUAUGCUCCAUUGGAAGUUCCAGAUGGGGUGGAAUACCACUAGAAAGGCACUGCUCAGCUCUUUGAGGCACCAUCUCCUCCGCUUCAUCUGUCUUUCACUGAUGUUCCUGUUCUAUGGCUGCUGGACACGACUCCAGCUGGCAAAUCCGGACUCUGGUCACUCUAAUUCUGGCAGAGAUAUUGUUAUCUUGCUGUGGUACUGGCCCUUGAAGAUGUCACUCAGCCUGAAGGGCGACGUGUGCUGGGACCUCUACCGCAUCCCCCACUGCACCCUCGUGGACCAGCACUUGUUCUACCCAGCAGCUGAUGUGGUGGUGUUCCACAACAAAGAACUGACCCAGGGCCAGAAGCUGCCCUUUCACCUCCCACAACCUAGUGGCCAGAGGUGGGCCUGGAUGUCCCUGGAAGCCCCUGUCCACAAUGGUAAACUACAGAAGUAUGCAAAUAUCUUCAACCUCACCAUAACCUACAGGAGGGACGCUGACGUCACCAUCCCUUAUGGUGAGCUGCUGCCAAAGGAAGCUGGUGAGAUGGCUGAUGAGGCACCAACAAAUAAGACUAAUCUCAUCUGCUGGGUCGUCAGCAACUACAACAGCCACCACAGGAGAAGCCAAGUGUUUAAAAAGCUGAAGGCUGUAGUUCCUGUGAAGGUAUACGGGCGAUGGGCCAACAGAGUCCUGACUGCCGAAGCCCUGCUGCCUACAAUCUCUCGUUGCUACUUCUAUUUAUCAUUUGAGAACUCAAUCAGCAAAGAUUACAUCACAGAGAAGCUUUGGCAGAACGCCUACCAAGCCAGGGCGGUGCCAGUCGUCCUGGGCCCUCCCAUCGGUGACUACAAAGCAGUUGCUCCGCUCAACUCCUUCAUUCACGUCGAUAACUUUUCCUCCAUAGAGGCUUUAGGGAAGCACCUGCAGCAGCUCGCAGGGGACAAGAAGAGAUACAGCGAGUAUUUUAGGUGGAGACACAAGUGGAAAGUGAAGCUGUACACAGACUGGAGGGAAAGACUGUGUAAAAUCUGCACCGUGUACAACAGUUUACCUCAGCACAAGGUUUACACGGACCUGCACGCGUGGCUAAAUGCAGCCAACACAUAAGUUGAACUUAUGAUUUUAGGGACUACCCGCAAGAUUAAACGACGCAAAUGUUUAG